UGGCGUCUGACUGUGAUGUCAGCAAAAGAGAAUGAAUUGUGUGAGGUCACAUCCCGGUUGCCCCUGGCAGAGGAAUGUGUCUACAGAAGGAUAACUGCCCUCAACAUCGUCCAAGAGCUUUGGUCCCAGUGUGGGAUGAAAAUGCUGCUCCUUACCUUCUGGAUUUUAACUUCUCUAAUCAGCAGCAUCCAUGCAGGCGUUUCUUCCCCAGUUUUCAUGUUCAGCAGUGAAUGGAAGAGUGAACCUGUUGGUAGCUUCAGAGGUGGACAGCAGAGAGAAACUGGUAGCCCUUCUGGAUACACACACAUCGAGUGUGGCCUUCGACCAUCUUAUGAGUCCUUUCUGGAGACUGGCAGGAGGAUCAGAGGGGGGAGAUACGCCAAGGCUGGGGAGUUCCCGUGGCAAGUGAGCAUCCAGAGCAACGGGAAACAUAUCUGCGGGGGCACCAUGAUCAGCGCGCUGUGGAUUUUAACUGCGGCCCAUUGCUUUGCAGAUGAGGUGCCACCAGAUCUCACUGUUGUAGUAGGGGGAAUCGACCUUGACCUCCCUCUGGAAGAACAUAAGCCAGACAGCUUGGUUAUCCAUGAAAACUUUGACAGAACAAGCAUGAAACAUGACAUUGCCCUGAUCAUGCUCAGCUCUCCCAUCGAGUUCAGCAAUGAGAAAAUCCCCAUCUGUUUGCCCUUCAUGUAUGACAUUGAUACAUGGCAACACUGCUGGAUUGCUGGAUGGGGAACCACAGGUGCAGCAGCUGAAGUGUCAGCAUCCCACGUGCUGCAGAAAGCACGGAUGAAGCUCAUCAGCAGGGAGCAGUGCUUGGAGCGCAUCCCGCAGCUACCAGAGAACAUGCUGUGUGCUGAGCUGCAGGGAGGAGAAAGAGGCACCUGCCAGGAGGCUCAAAGUGCUUUCCUUUCGCUGCCGGGAUAAUAUGUUUGGCCUGUGCCUGCCCUGAGGGAAUUAGCAGUGAAAUUCCCAGUAAUUUAAUUGUGCACACAGCUUAGAAGAUGCUCAUUCAUUCAAAAAGGAUGGCAUCACCAAGAGCACUGGUAAUGCGUGGGUCCAAGGUCAGUGCAGGGUCACUGGUGGGAUUCACACAAGUUCUUGGUUGAAACAGGGUUGGGAAAUGCCUUCAGAUCCUGCCUUUGAAGGGUCUUUACCACCACUGUUGUGUAGCUACAGCAAAACCAUUUCAGCACAAACAGUACUGGAUGCUGAAGCAACAUUUGCUCUGCAUUUAUCUUCAUUUUUCUCUCCUGUUUACAUGUUGAGCUAAAAAGAAUAUUAAAAAAAAAAAAAAGUGAUAAGCUCAUUAGGGGCCUUGAGCCUCCAUCUCAGGAAAUGAGUAAGAAUUCUGCCAUAAACUUUUGUGGGUGUUGAUGAGUUGCAUCACACAGCCAAUUCCUUACUAGUUGAUGUUUUGUUAGGUCAGGGUAGCUGCUGGGAAAAGGGGGUUCAUACAUUGAUGGCAAAGAUAUUUCUCAAACUAGGGCACAAAGAUGGAAGGACAACAAUUCCCAGGAAAUCUGGCUGUAUUAGGAAACGUGUUUGUAUUAUUUCUUAUUUGCCAUAUAAAGGAGUGGAGAAAAGAUAGGAAAAUAAAAAUGGAACCCUCUGUGGAAGGAAACUGUCUUAUUUAGAGCAAGGGCUGAACAGCACUUUAGAUGUACAUAACUGUUGAGAGGAGUGCUGUACCUGGCUGGGUGCACUUUGUGCUGAUUGUGCCUGGCUGGGUGCACUUUGUGCUGGUUUCUUUUCUGUCUGGGGUUGUGCUCAGUGACUGCACACGGAGGUCACACAGGAAACUGGACGUGCUCUUGGCUUUCAAGCCAGGACGUUCCUCUUCAUCGGUUGGAUGCAAAGUGCAUUUGAGAGGUUGCACGUUUUGGGUGAGUAGAAGUUGCCCUUCAAGUAGCAAGCAGAUUUUCAGUGAAAUUAAUGAAUUUGCAAGAAAAGCUUGUCAGGGUUAGUGUUCAUCUCUUGUUCAGUUUCUGUAUACUGGUCCCCAAAUUAACAGCAGCAGGUACCUGGCACCUGUAUGCACUGCUUUUACAGGGAAGCCAAGAACUGAAUGAACAGUCACAGCAAAUGUCCCUUUUUACUCUUGGGUCUUGUCUCCUGGUGUCAAGACUCAGGUAUCCCUCCAGGGCCAUGGGAGGAUGUGGAAAAGACUGAGAAGGACAGGGCAUUGUCCUGAGCUGGAGACUGUGACCGAUCUUCUUCUCUUACCUUCUUCUCUUAUCAUUUAUUCUGUAGGCAUCUCAGACCUGAGCUGUGACACUUUGAGUCCCUGCUCCCCCAAGACCUCAUGAACUUGGGAUGGAGUUUGAUUUUCCCAAUCAGCCUCUGGGAUGCAGCUGCUCUCAGAGACCCGAGGUUUGAU